AUGACUCGGCUACAACGGCAGCUACCCCAUAGGCACCUAGGGCUACAGGGGCAUGCUCACGGGACGAGCCACAGCCGAAAUUAUCUCCCGAAUUACAAUGGAGUAUUUGGAUUUGGUUUCUCCCGUGUCAAUGAAGCGAGUUUCGUACAAAGAUGGAAGGCCAAUGAGGGCGUAAGAACCAAGCUUUUCGUACUCAUCGAGGUUGGAGGGGACGAGAGUGAGGUACUCGGCGGGGAUGAUUUGGUCAGUGUCGAUGUUGUCGCCCACAACGUAGCAGAGCCCGUGGAAUGUAGUGAUGGUGGAAGCGGCGUCGGGGGUGGUUGUGGUGGAACGAAGAGGGCUAGUGAUGCGGUGGAGCGAUUAAUAAAGCACUCGAUCGGCUUCACAAGGUGUUUCGCAGUUCUAUCAAAUUGGGAUCGCGUCUCGGGUUCCCCAAAGCGAAAACAAGAUGAGCGUUUCCUUCCGCUUGCCAGGCGUCGCAUCGAAACAGCUCAAGCACAAGAUGGGCAAUACCUUCGACCAUCAGAUCCUGCUUACGAGCAAGUGUUGGACUCUUUAGCUAUGGUGGCGAGGCACACGCCUGUACCUUUAUUGGAAGCUCUAUUACGGUGGAGAGAAAGUGAAUCACCAAAAGGUGCAAACGAUGCAUCAACAUUUCAGAGAAAGCUUGCAGUAGAGUGUAUAUUUUGCUCAGCAUGUAUUCGCUUUGUGGAGUGUUGCCCGCAAGAAGGACUUACUGAAAAUCUAUGGAAUGGGCUUGAAAAUUUUGUCUUCGACUGGCUUAUUAAUGCAGACAGGGUUGUUAGCCAAGUUGAUUAUCCUUCAUUGGUAGAUUUAAGGGGCCUUCUUCUGGAUCUUGUUGCACAGCUUCUUGGUGCCUUGUCUCGGAUCAGGUUUAGUUCUGUGACUGAGCGCUUCUUCAUGGAACUCAACACUCGUCGAAUUGACACCAGCGUUGCUCGAAGUGAAACACUUUGUAUUAUCAAUGGGUUGCGCUACCUUAAACUUGGGGUCAAAACAGAGGGCGGUCUAAAUGCAUCAGCUUCCUUUGUUGCUAAAGCCAACCCUCUAAUUCGAGCUCCUCAUAAACGGAAAAGUGAACUUCAUCAUGCUCUAUGCAAUAUGCUUUCGAACAUUCUAGCUCCCCUUGCUGAUGGUGGCAAAGGUCAGUGGCCUCCUACAGGUGUUGAACCUGCACUCACCUUUUGGUAUGAAGCCGUUGCACGAAUAAGAGGGCAGCUCAUGCACUGGAUGGACAAACAAAGUAAACAUAUAGCUGUUGGUUACCCUUUGGUGACUCUUCUGCUGUGUCUUGGUGAUCCUAAUAUUUUCCUCAGUAAUUUUGGUCCUCACAUGGAGCAAUUAUACAAGCAUCUUAGGGAUAAGAACCAUCGCUUCAUGGCCUUAGAUUGUCUACAUCGCGUUCUGAGGUUUUACUUAAGUGUUCACGGUGAUUCACAACCUCCAAAUCGUGUAUGGGAUUACCUGGAUAGUGUCACUUCACAACUUCUGACAAUCCUAAGGAAAGGAAUGCUCACUCAGGAUGUCCAACAUGACAAACUUGUGGAGUUCUGUGUGACCAUUGCAGAACAUAACCUUGAUUUUGCUAUGAAUCAUUUGAUAUUGGAAUUACUGAAGCAAGAUAGUCCAAGUGAAGCGAAGGUUAUUGGUCUUCGUGCUUUGCUUGCCAUUGUUAUGUCUCCUACAAGCCAGCAUGUAGGCUUGGAAAUUCUGCAUGUUCAUAAUAUCGGUCACUAUAUUCCAAAAGUUAAGGCUGCAAUUGAAGCUAUUCUGAGGUCUUGCCAUAAAACUUAUAGUCAGGCCCUUCUCACUUCUUCAAGGACCACCAUAGAUGCUGUUACUAAGGAAAAGUCUCAAGGAUAUCUUUUCCGGUCAGUAUUGAAGUGUAUGCCAUAUCUGAUCGAAGAAGUUGGCCGAAGUGAUAAAAUAACAGAAAUCAUACCCCAACAUGGCAUCAGUAUUGAUCCUGGUGUUCGUGAGGAAGCUGUACAGGUUCUGAAUCGGAUUGUAAGAUACCUCCCCCAUCGCCGCUUUGCAGUUAUGAGAGGAAUGGCAAACUUUAUCUUACGUCUUCCUGAUGAGUUCCCCCUUCUCAUUCAAACAUCAUUAGGACGCCUUCUGGAACUCAUGCGCUUUUGGAGAGCUUGUCUAUCUGAUGAUAAGGUAGAAAUUGAUGUUUCCGAUACAAAGCGUGUACAGAGAAAUGAAGCAUUCAGGAAGCCUUCCUUUCAUCAGCCUCAAGAAGCAAUUGAAUUUCGUGCUUCAGAUAUAGAUGCUGUUGGUCUUAUAUUCCUUAGUUCUGUUGAUAGUCAGAUCAGGCAUACUGCCUUGGAGUUACUGCGAUGCGUACGUGCUUUACGAAAUGAUAUACGAGAACGUUCAAUGAAUGAACGGCCGGAGCAUAUUUUCAAAAAUGAGGCUGAACCGAUAUUCAUAAUUGAUGUUCUAGAAGAGAAUGGGGAUGAUAUCGUUCAGAGCUGUUAUUGGGAUUCUGGACGUCCUUUUGAUCUAAGACGAGAAUCUGAUGCUGUGCCUCCUGAUGUCAGUCUCCAGUCAAUACUUUUUGAGAGCCCAGAUAAGAACAGGUGGGCUCGAUGUCUAAGUGAGAUUGUCAAAUAUGCUGCCGAGCUCUGUCCUACCUCUGUUCAGGAUGCAAAGUUAGAGGUUAUUCAACGACUUGCUCACGUCACACCAGCUGAGUUGGGGGGGAAGGCUCAUCAGUCACAGGAUACAGACAAUAAGCUGGAGCAAUGGCUCAUGUAUGCAAUGUUUGCAUGCUCAUGUCCACUUUCUAGUCGAGAAGGUGGAGGUUCAGCAGCUACAAAAGAACUAUUCCAUCUGAUUUUUCCUUCCCUCAAGUCUGGUUCCGAAGCACAUGUACAUGCCGCUACCAUGGCGCUUGGUCACUCUCAUCUAGAAAUAUGUGAAGUCAUGUUCAGCGAGCUUGCGUCCUUCAUAGAUGAGGUUUCUCUCGAAACAGAAGGAAAGCCAAAGUGGAAGAGUCAAAAGUCUCGUCGUGAAGAACUCCGUAUCCACAUUGCGAAUAUAUAUCGCACAGUUGCAGAAAAAAUUUGGCCUGGAAUGCUAGGUCGCAAACCGGUUUUUCGCCUUCAUUAUUUAAAGUUUAUUGAAGAAACAACUAGGCAGAUACAGACAGCAUCUGCGGAAAGUUUCCAAGAGAUGCAACCUCUCCGUUUUGCACUUGCUUCUGUUCUAAGAUAUCUGGCUCCUGAAUUUGUUGACUCCAAAUCGGAGAAAUUUGAUGUUCGAACUAGAAAGAGACUUUUUGAUCUCCUUCUCUCCUGGAGUGAUGAUACAGGUGGAACAUGGAAUCAGGAUGGUGUUAGCGAUUAUCGACGUGAGGUUGAACGCUACAAGUCCAGUCAACAUGCACGGUCGAAGGAUUCUAUCGAUAAACUUUCAUUUGACAAAGAAUUGGGUGAACAGGUUGAGGCAAUACAGUGGGCAUCUAUGAAUGCAAUGGCUUCUCUAUUAUAUGGGCCUUGCUUUGACGACAACGCAAGAAAGAUGAGUGGCCGGGUAAUUUCUUGGAUCAACAGCCUAUUUAUUGAGCCUGCCCCGAGGGCACCAUUUGGUUAUUCGCCAGCUGAUCCAAGAACUCCAUCUUAUUCAAAAUAUACUGGUGAAGGUGGGCGAGGAGUAACUGGCCGUGAUAGGCAUAGAGGUGGCCAUCUUCGUGUUUCUCUUGCAAAACUGGCUUUGAAGAAUCUUCUUCUCACAAAUUUGGACCUAUUUCCUGCUUGCAUUGAUCAGUGCUACUACUCAGACGCUGCAAUAGCUGAUGGCUACUUCAGUGUGCUGGCUGAAGUCUACAUGCGUCAAGAGAUACCAAAAUGUGAGAUUCAGAGACUAUUGAGCCUUAUCCUUUACAAGGUGGUUGAUCCAUCUAGACAAAUUCGCGAUGAUGCUCUUCAAAUGCUCGAGACACUCUCUGUCCGUGAGUGGGCUGCGAAUGGUAUUGAGUGCUCAAAUAGCUAUCGAGCUGCUGUUGUUGGCAACCUUCCUGAUUCUUAUCAACAGUUCCAGUACAAGCUCUCUUGCAAACUUGCUAAAGAUCACCCAGAGUUGAGCCAGCUUCUCUGUGAAGAAAUUAUGCAGAGGCAGCUUGAUGCAGUGGACAUAAUUGCACAACAUCAAGUUCUAACCUGCAUGGCCCCAUGGAUAGAGAAUCUCAAUUUCUGGAAACUGAAGGAUUCAGGUUGGAGUGAAAGGUUAUUAAAAAGCCUUUAUUAUGUAACUUGGCGUCAUGGUGAUCAGUUUCCAGAUGAAAUUGAAAAGCUAUGGAGCACAAUUGCUAGCAAGCCCAGGAACGUAAGUCCAGUCCUUGAUUUCUUGAUUACAAAGGGGAUUGAAGAUUGUGAUUCUAAUGCAUCAGCAGAAAUAACUGGAGCAUUUGCCACGUACUUCUCUGUUGCUAAGAGGGUUAGUUUAUAUUUAGCUAGAAUUUGCCCACAGCGUACAAUUGAUCACUUGGUCUACCAGUUGGCUCAGCGGAUGCUUGAGGAUAGUGUAGAGCCGUUAAGACCUGCCGCAAAUAAGGCUGAUGGUGGUGGAAACUUUGUUUUGGAAUUCUCUCAGGUUCCUGCAGUAGCACAAAUCACCUCUGUUGUGGAUACCCAGCCUCACAUGUCACCUUUAUUAGUUCGUGGUUCUCUUGAUGGACCACUCAGGAACACUAGUGGAAGCUUGAGCUGGAGAACAGCUGCUGUUGGAGGCCGAAGUGCUUCAGGCCCAUUGACUCCUAUGCCUCCAGAGAUGAACAUUGUUCCUGUAACUACUGGUCGGUCUGGGCAACUUCUGCCAUCAUUGGUAAACAUGUCAGGGCCACUAAUGGGGGUGCGAAGUUCGACUGGAAGCUUGCGAAGUCGUCAUGUAUCUCGAGAUAGUGGAGAUUACCUCAUUGACACUCCCAAUUCUGGGGAAGAUGGAUUGCAUUCCGGGGUUGGAACUCAUGGGAUUAAUGCUAAAGAACUUCAGUCAGCAUUGCAAGGCCAUCAGCAACAUUCAUUGACACAGGCGGACAUUGCCUUGAUUCUACUUGCUGAAAUUGCCUAUGAGAAUGAUGAGGAUUUUCGCGAGCAUUUGCCAUUGCUCUUUCAUGUAACAUUUGUCUCAAUGGACAGCUCAGAGGAUAUUGUGUUGGAGCACUGCCAGCACCUGCUAGUUAAUCUACUGUAUUCCCUUGCUGGUAGGCAUUUAGAGCUGUACGAUGUUGAAAAUAGUAAUGGAGAGAACAAGCAGCAGGUUGUGAGCCUGAUUAAAUAUGUCCAGUCAAAGAGAGGUAGCAUGAUGUGGGAGAAUGAGGAUCCCAUGGUUACCAGGACUGAGCUUCCAAGUGCAGCUCUCUUGUCUGCUCUUGUGCAGAGCAUGGUUGAAGCAAUCUUCGUCCAAGGAGAUCUUCGAGAAACUUGGGGAGCAGAGGCACUUAAAUGGGCUAUGGAGUGCACAUCCAGACAUCUUGCCUGCCGCUCACACCAGAUUUACCAGAUGAACAUUGUUCCUGUAACUACUGGUCGGUCUGGGCAACUUCUGCCAUCAUUGGUAAACAUGUCAGGGCCACUAAUGGGGGUGCGAAGUUCGACUGGAAGCUUGCGAAGUCGUCAUGUAUCUCGAGAUAGUGGAGAUUACCUCAUUGACACUCCCAAUUCUGGGGAAGAUGGAUUGCAUUCCGGGGUUGGAACUCAUGGGAUUAAUGCUAAAGAACUUCAGUCAGCAUUGCAAGGCCAUCAGCAACAUUCAUUGACACAGGCGGACAUUGCCUUGAUUCUACUUGCUGAAAUUGCCUAUGAGAAUGAUGAGGAUUUUCGCGAGCAUUUGCCAUUGCUCUUUCAUGUAACAUUUGUCUCAAUGGACAGCUCAGAGGAUAUUGUGUUGGAGCACUGCCAGCACCUGCUAGUUAAUCUACUGUAUUCCCUUGCUGGUAGGCAUUUAGAGCUGUACGAUGUUGAAAAUAGUGAUGGAGAGAACAAGCAGCAGGUUGUGAGCCUGAUUAAAUAUGUCCAGUCAAAGAGAGGUAGCAUGAUGUGGGAGAAUGAGGAUCCCAUGGUUACCAGGACUGAGCUUCCAAGUGCAGCUCUCUUGUCUGCUCUCGUGCAGAGCAUGGUGGACGCAAUCUUCUUCCAAGGAGAUCUUCGAGAAACUUGGGGAGCAGAAGCACUUAAAUGGGCUAUGGAGUGCACAUCCAGACAUCUUGCCUGCCGCUCACACCAGAUUUACCGUGCAUUGCGACCCCGAGUAACAAAUGAUGCAUGUGUGUCUCUGCUUCGCUGCCUGCAUAGGUGCUUGGGGAAUCCUGUACCAUCAGUCCUGGGUUCUGUCAUGGAAAUACUGUUGACUUUGCAGGUGAUGGUGGAAAAUAUGGAGCCAGAAAAGGUAAUACUCUACCCCCAGCUUUUCUGGGGCUGCGUAGCAAUGAUGCACACGGACUUUGUUCAUGUUUACUGCCAGGUGCUUGAGCUUUUGUCGCGGGUAAUUGACCGUUUAUCAUUUCGCGACACGACAACAGAAAAUGUGCUUCUUUCAAGCAUGCCUAGGGAUGAGCUCGAUACAAACACAUCUGAUAGUUCUGAAUUUCAGCGUACAGAAUCAAGGAAUGUCUGUGAACCAUCACCAUCGAAUGGAAAGGUGCCUGCAUUUGAAGGAGUGCAGCCUCUAGUGCUUAAAGGACUCAUGUCUACUGUUAGUCACGGUGUUUCCAUCGAGGUUCUUUCACGAAUAACGGUGCCUUCUUGUGAUUCGAUCUUCGGUGAUGCAGAUACACGCCUCCUGAUGCACAUUACAGGCUUACUUCCCUGGCUCUGCUUACAGCUCAGCCAGGAUGCCAUAGUGGGACCCGCUUCACCACCGCAACAGCAGCAUCAAAAGGCUUGUUCAGUUGCGGCCAACAUUGCAAUCUGGUGUCGAGCAAAAUCACUGGAUGAGCUAGCUACUGUAUUUAUGGCUUAUGCCUCUGGAGAGUUCAAGGGCAUAGAGAAUCUUCUCGCUUCUGUCUCACCAUUAUUAUGCAACGAAUGGUUCCCCAGGCACUCAGCUCUGGCUUUCGGGCACCUCCUACGGCUUUUGGAGAAAGGACCAGUUGAAUAUCAGCGCGUCAUUCUUCUUAUGCUGAAGGCUUUGCUUCAGCAUACUCCUAUGGACGCAGCUCAAAGCCCACAUAUGUAUGCCAUUGUGUCCCAGCUGGUAGAGAGUACUCUGUGCUGGGAGGCACUUAGUGUACUGGAAGCACUCUUACAGAGCUGUAGCUCUUUGCCAGGUUCUCAUCCACCUGAUGCGGGAUCUUUUGAGAAUGGAUUUGGUGGGACAGAAGAGAAGAUUCUUCCUCAGACCUCAUUUAAAGCUCGCAGUGGGCCUUUGCUGUUUGCUGCAGGAAUAGGAUAUGGGGCGGGAUCCACUCUGGUUGGGCAGGCUAAUGUAAAUGAAUCUGGUAUUUCACCUAGGGAGUUAGCAUUGCAGAAUACCCGUUUGAUGCUAGGACGAGUACUGGAUAGUUGUGCGCUUGGCAGACGAAGAGAUUACAGAAGGCUGGUUCCUUUUGUGACCACGGCCGGAAAUCCUUGA